UGUUUCAAAUCACAAACCUCUGCUCUGCCGAAACUGCCCGACCGUAAAAAGUGCAUUUAACCAAACCCAAUCAGCGACCAAUUGACAAGAUUCCUUGUGACCAUGGCCAAGAUACGAUCGCUGGAGCCGGAGCUGGCAGAGGUGGCUCGAUCUCAGCUCUGCGAGGAUCCGUCCUCGAUGGUGGAGAAGAUCGAGGCGCUGAGGACCUGGAUCAUCGAACAGAUCUACCUGGAGGCGCGGACCGACGAUCAGUUCUUGGUGGCCUUUCUGCGCUUCUGCCGCUGGGACGUGGAGGAGGCCAAGAAAAGGGUACUCUUCUACUACACCUACAAAUCGAAGGAAAGAGAACUGCUCAAGGGUCGCCAGGUGGACGAUAAGCUGAUAGAACUGGCUCGUUCAGGAAUAUUCGCCACAUUGCCGAAACCUAUUGGCCCUGGUGGCCCCCGCAUCCACUACACACGAAUGGGCCACAUUGAGCCUUCCAAGCACAGUGUCAGCGACAUUUUCCGCUUCCACGCUUUUCGCGCUGAGAUCGAGAUCAACACGGACGACAACUGGAACAUAGCCGGCGUGGUGGAGAUCAUCGACUUCACCAAGAUACCCUACUCUCUGCUACUGCAGUUCGAUCCUGGCAUGUUCAAGCGGAUGAAUGCAUUCCUAGAGCAUGGAAUUCCAGCGAAUUUAGUGGCCACGCACAUUGUUAAUGCAUCCAGGGAGACGCAGUUUGUCCUUGGACUGGUUCGGAAUGUCAUGAAGCAAAAGGAGCUGUUGCACAUUCACUCCACCGUCGCGUCUCUGCGAAAGGCAAUUGGAUUGGAGUAUUUGCCCGUGGAGAUGGGCGGCGAUAAUGGAUCUUUGUCGGAUGCAAUGACGCGCUACGAGACCCAGCUGCUUAGCUUUUCUCCGUACUUUACGGAAGACGAGCGAUAUGGCGUGGAUGAGAAAUUGCGGGAAGCCAGUGAGAAGGAUCGGGAAAGGGGCGCUCCGUUAGUAACCGACGUUCCGAACGACGGAACCUUCCGAAUGAUUAACUUCGAUUGAGGCAAUGAUCGGGCAGUUAGUUGUAUAUUCUGAUGCACAUCCUAUAGAACACCCUCUUAACACACAGCCCGAUAUAUACACACUGGAAUGUAUAGACACUACAGCGCUAAAGCGAUCUUUGGUCAUAGCAGAACCUGAUAUUUUAUAAAUGAAACCAUAAGGGAGGAACAUCGAAACUAAAAGCAAAUUGAACAAUAUUAUAGACGACAAGUGCACACUAAAACGAAAUAAGAAGCAAAUGGAUCGCCAUCAAAUGGCACAAAAACCUCACAAGUUUGUCGAUUUUAAUUUAUUGCUGUCCUUAUCAACGCACAUACUUAUACACAUUCUAACGUCCGGUCGAACGAUUCAUUCUACCAUGAUCCCACAAUGCAUUUUCAUGACGAAAUCCUUAACGUCUUCUACUUGCGUGCUAAGUUGUUGGCUUUUAUUUUAUCGCAUACUUUUAUAAAUACGGUACAUGAGCAUACAUAUAUAUUUUGGAUAUUUUUUCAGUUGGUUAAGUGUCGUUUCUACUAAUUUUUGAUACUAGUUUACACAUACAUAUACAUGCAUCUCUAUAUUUAUGGAUAAUACAUACAUAGUUAAAUGACUAUAUUUAAAUGUGACAAUGUACUGUAGACCCCAUGUUGAGUGCGUUAAUAAAUUAAAGCGAAUUUGUU